AUGGCUACAAUGGGAUCAUAUUCUACAUUACAAUCAUCCGAUUUUUGCUGGAAAUCAUCAGCAAAAGAUGCAUUAUCAUCGGAACAUUUAGAUGAAGGAGCACGUCCAGUAUACUCGAAACAAUUUGUGCUAACAAAUGAUAUACAACAUUUUAUACCAGAAUAUAUACGUGAGAAAUUUCAUGAACCAAUUGAGCCAAAUUUGUGUACAAUUAAAGUAACUUGUAAAGCUGAAAAGAAGGAACAGCUAUUUUAUACAUUUCAAUUGAAUUGGUAUAAAGAUAAAACGCAUAUCGACACUGACAGUAGUGAUAUGGUAAUUUCCAAAUCAGAAAAGUCACCGAUAAAUGUAAUACAACAAAAUGAAUUAAAACAAGAACGACCGUUGCAAAGUUUAGAAACAAGCGUUGAAAUAGCUCCAACAACAACAUCAACAGGUGAAGAAAUCCGUUCCUGUGAUGGACCGUGUGGAAAAAUGCGAUCCGUAAAAGAACUUUGGGUGCAUGGACGUUGUGAACACGCAAUCUGUCGUUUUUGUACCAUUAAUGCACCAAUGGUUAAAAAUAUUGAUGGUACUCCAGGAUGUUGUAAUCGAGAAUGUUUUGCAAGUGAUUUAGCAGCACUUUGUCCAGAUCCAAUUCAACGUCAUAAAUAUUUUCAAAAUAUUAUUAAUAAACGUAAAAUUGACGAAAUCAUUGCAACAGGUCACAGAAAUAAUAGUAACAAUAGAAAACGAUUGCAGGAAGCUAUGAAGUUAUCAUCUACAACUCAAACUUCACCAGUAAACAAACGGAUGGGAGCGAAACGAGAUUUGAAAGAGUUAAUAUCAGUUAAAGUGCUCAUUCUCGAGAAAGGUCCAAUAGGAACAAUUUCUCGUCGUUGUUCUAUCAAUGAAAUUGGCUCUACCGAAUCGCUACGUAGCACAUUGCAGUGGAUUGCUGGCUAUGGACAAAGCCUUCAUAAAUGUCGCAUUUUUGUCAAUUAUGGUGAAAGUGAUGAUAAUUCAAAGUUAAAAGAAAUUAAUUUAAAGCAAUACGGUGAUAAGAAAAUUAGCAGUUUUCCAUCAGUUAAUGGAAUGCUUAGUUUUGUGAUUGAUUACAUCAAUUUAAUUGGAGGAAGUUCAACUUCAUCCUAUAUUUGA